AUGACCACUGUAAUGGGUUCACCCACAUCAACCAGAACCAAUUCCUUUUUGAAUAGGUACGUUCAAAGUAUAUCAAGUGAUAUGGAUUCAAAUUCAUCGGUACCUCAAUUAAAGCCUUUGUCACCCUCGCGAUUAAAUUCUGAAAGAGAAAAUAUACUACCUGUAACACCCACAAAGAGUACUUCAAAGAUACUUUCAAAUAACAAUUACAAAGCCGAAUUUACAUCAUCUGGAAAUAAAGAAAAUUCUUUCUCUUCAAUUACUAAACCGUCCGGGAAUGCCAAGGUUGAUUUAAGCCAGUACACAUCUGACGAAUUGAAGUAUUAUGAAUACUUAUGUAGGGCUACUGAAGUAAAAAGAUGGAUUGAACAAGUAAUCAACGAAGAGCUACCCCCAGAAGUAGACUUAUGUGCCGGAGACGCCCUUAGAAAUGGAGUAUAUUUAGCACAAGUAGUACAAGCAAUCAACCCAGAACUGAUUAAAAGUGUAUUCCCAGCAGGUAAUAAACUUCAAUUUAAACAUACUCAAAAUAUCAAUGCCUUUUUCAGCUUGGUGGAGCAUGUUGGAGUUCCAGAUUCAUUCAGGUUUGAAUUACAGGAUUUGUACAAUAAAAAGGAUCUUCCACAAGUUUUUGAAACUUUACACAUUAUAAUAUCUAUUAUCAACAAAAAAUGGCCAGGCAAGACACCCAAUAUGAAGAACUUAUCCGGACAGUUAUCUUUUUCCAAUGAUGAUAUUAGAAAAUGUAAAAGAGCAUGGCCCAGGAUCAGAGACUUCAAGUCACUAGGUUUGAGAAAUAUUUCUUCAGGGCCUAAUAUUGAAAAUAAUACUACCCAAAGUGGCCUCAUUGAAGAUUUUAAUGAUUUUAAGCGUUUGGGACCACAAUCAACUUCGGCAAAGACUCCUGAAAGGAAACAAGAUCAAAAAAUGGAAGCUGAAGCAAUGAUAUACGAACCAACAACUGAACGUACAUCCUCCGUCAGAAGAACCGAAAUUACACCUGUUCCAACGACUGAUUACCAUAAUUACGAAAUACCUUCGUCUCCUACAAGAUACGAGUCCCCACAUAGAAAAUAUUCUCCUAUCCCGACAUUUAAAUCUGUUUCUGAUACCGUCCUAUCAAAUACCCCAUAUUUAGAGUAUAGUCCUCUGAAAACGUCCACUUUGUCAUAUUAUUCGCCUACAAUUUCUCGUUAUAUGAACAAUGACAGAGAUCUAAAAUUUUAUGAUACAUAUGAAUACAGCCCAUCUCGUUACUCACCAGCCAGGAAACAACGUAUGACUGAGGACGAGUUCCUAACAAAGGUACUUCAACUACAAAGCAAAUGUAGGGGAAUAAAUGUUCGAUUUAGUCUUCGUAUUCAAAACCAUCUGUUAAGACUAUUUGCAAGGGAAAUGUCAAUUUUCCAGGGUAAAAUACGGGGUGAUAUAUUAAGGAAGAAAAAUAAUAUUCAUAUUCUACCAGAAUUAAAUGAUAAUGUUAUGGAGGUUCUAAUACAAUUUCAAUCGCAAGUGAAGGCCAAUAUGAUACGAUUCAACUUGGACAAAUUAAGAAUAAGAGCUGUAAGAAAUGAACAUUUCUUUGAAAAAUUUCAAGUCAAGUGUAAAGGUGUAGCUGUUCGUAUAAUCAUGAAACAGCGUGCCUAUAAUAUUGAUACUAUUUUGACCACCUUGAUCAAUCUUCAAGGUUUCAUUAAGGCCAAGCAAAUAAGGACACAAGUUAAUUUAUCUGGAUUGACACUUGAGUCCGAAGCUUCGCCUAUUAAGAGCCUGCAGUGGCGGUGUAGGGCAAUGCUAAUCAGGAUGCGCAACACAAAUAUUAUUAACAAUUCUAACCUUCCUUUAUUAAUUACAUUGCAAUCAACUAUUAAAGGAUCUCUGUUAAGGCGCACUCAAAAUACUUUAACAGUGAAUUUAAGUCCCUAUCAAGAUACCAUCACAAAGUUUUCAGCCUUAUUAAAUGGAUUCAAGGUUCGUCAAGAAUUGGAUUUAUUGGUUACUUCAGACUUUAAAAACAAAAAACAUAUAAUAUUACUACAGGCAAAGUUAAAAGGUAUUUUAGUAAGGUAUGCCCUAGAUUUAGUAGAUGAUAUAGUGGAGCGUAAUAACCUUAUUAGCGUCCAAUCCAUUGUGAAGGGAUAUAUUAUACGAUUUGAUUUAAAGAGAAAUAGAAGACAUUUCUAUAAUAAUGUUCACUCAGUAAUUAUGGUUCAAAGUUGGAUCAGAAUGAAAAGUCAAAGGAAAGCAUAUCAAGAGUUUAUGCAAAUUCCAAAUCCUACCCUAAAAUCUGUUAAAAAGUUUAUACAUCUGUUGAAUGGAUGUAAAAACAUUGAAGAAGGCCAAAAUAAAUUGGAAAGUAGUCAAGCAUCUCUUGAUGCUGAAAAUAUAAGAAAAGAAAAAUUACAACUGGAUAUUAGAAAGCAAUUAGAUCUUAUCGAUGUCCUUGAUAAAUUCGGAUUGUCUCAUAAUGUCGAUAGUCAGAGUGAACAAAAGACUUUGAAUAUCCCAAAAUACAAGUAUCCAGUGAUGGAGAAACUGUUUUAUCUUCUCCAAGUUGAUCCUACCUACUGGAAAGCAAUGUUCCUGUAUGAACCGGAAUUCACUAAAAAAAAUAUAUACAUCACUUUUACUACCUUGAACAAGAAGAUGUCACAGAGAGAGAGAAUCUAUUUUACUAGAUUUGUGAAAGAGAUCAUGUUGCAAUCACUUGAACAAUCUAUAUCUGUUUCAGUGUUUUUGACAGAACAAACUUACCUCUGGAAAAACAUGGUAAGCACAUUCCUGCAGACAGAAUGUUAUGAAAAGUUUUCCUUGGUGGAACCGUUGUUAAGAUAUCUGACGAAUCCGAGUAUUGAUUUUGAAGCAGAUCCUGAUUUAAUUUAUAAAAAAGUUUAUGGAAUUCAACCUACAAAAACAGAUGUUCCAAUUGAAGAUGAGAAAGUAAAGGGGCAAUUUAUUACAAACCUAAGAAAUAUUUGGCAUGCUGUAGAAAUGGUAGCUGAAAUUUUUACAAGGCACAUAAAUGAAAUUCCUAUUGAAUUGCGAUUCUUAUGUACAAAGUUAUUUUGUGCAUUUGCUGAUAGGAAUGCCAGCGAACUUGAUUCUCUUCGCGGUAUUUCAAAGAUUCUGAUUGAAAGCUUUAUGGCAGAAUAUCUCUUAAAUUGCGAAUAUUACGGUUUUCAAACGUCGAAUAAAAUUCAAUUCAGCAUAAAAGCAGAUAUACUUUUGCAGGCAGUAACUAACGUCUUUGGAUUAUAUCCAUUUCAGAACUUUUAUGAUCCUCUAAACCAAUAUUCAGAAGAAAUUCAACCUCAUAUCAAAGAUCUUCUCUAUAAUGUGCUUGUAGACCCUAUCUAUGAACAAGAAUGUGAUAAGAUGGUCUAUUUUGAUAUGAGUGCACCUCGACCCCAUCUAGAGAUCUUGACAACUAAGAUCUUAGAGGUAAGUAAGAAAUUUAAAGAAUAUUCAACAAGGUUUUCCGAUGGAGGGGCUCUUGAAGAAAUUCUCAAGGGAGUCAAAGAUGGUGAAGUUGUUUCAAAGUCAAGUAGGAUUGUAUUAGAACUGGAUCCAACUGCAUAUAAAUUUCUUGUUAGCGAUGAUAAGAUGAGAAAGUGGUACGACCAAACAAAACGUGCUUUUAUAUAUAUGAUGCAGGUGGAAGAUAUCCGUUCCAAUCUUUACGACCUGCUAAUGACUGAGGUUUCCCCUGUUGAAGAAGCGGCCUUCCAAAAUUUUGUCCAAUCUAAUCCAAUAAUUGCGGCUGAUCCAAUGCUGCAGCAGAUGCGUGAAUUAAAUUAUUCUAGCUUAAAGGAGAUAACACUGAAGAAGAUUCAAGAAUUGGAAGCAUCAGGGAUUAUCAUUUCUUCUGAUAAUAAACUCCAAAACAUAUUAAAUGAUAUUGCCAACACUAUAAAGAAUCCAAACUACGCAUUGGACUACGUCACCGAAGAAUUGCGUGUAACUAAGGAAACAUUAAAUGAAAUCAACAAAAUUAAUGGGAAACUCGUCAACUCUUCUAGGCAACUACAUAUGACCAUUGAUAAGACAAUUCAAGAUAUUCAGGCAGCUAAAAGUUUUGAAGCUCCAUCAAAGAGUACACUUGGGAAUAUAAAGAGUGCAUACAAGAAAGUUCACCAUAAAAAUGGUAUUGAGCUCCAAGGACUGAAAUUUAAAUGGUCGACUAGACAACUGUUUGAGAAAGGGGUGUUAAAAUCAAUCGUGGGUGAAAAGCUUGGAGUUCAGACGGUUAAGGUAUUUGGGUCUAGUGGUCCAAAGUAUCCAGACAUUAUUUUUAAGAUUUCGACAUCUGAUGGCUCAAAAUUUGGGCUCCAAUUAGUGGAUAAAAGAAAAGGACCCGAGAAGAAAUAUUCAGAACUUGUAGAUUCCUUUAUGAUCAAGGAACUUCUGGCUACGCAAGUAGGCAAGACAAUUGAUGAAUGGAAUUUGCUUAAUAAGAAGGUUACAAUUAACACUACACAGUUAUUAAGACUUCUUGUCGCGACAUUUUACAAAUAA